AGCAUUUAUGUAGCUGCAGAUCGCAGCACUGUAUUUAUAAGCUCAACCAUUUCUGUUUCUCCCUUGUUUUUUGUACCAUGAUUCUCGACGACAAGGCCUUGCUCAAUCCUCCACCGCCGUAUUCUUAUGACAUCCUAUCUUAUUCCAACUUAAGCUCGAUCGACAGAGAUGGUGAAACGGCCAGUAGUGUCGGAGACAACAAUCCCUAUCACUCUGCUCGUAAACUUAAACCCAUGUUUUCCUCGUUACCAUCACAUCUGCUCCUUCAAAUAGUGUACUGUACCUUUCCGUGGGAGGACGGUCAGUUUGAAGGAGACGUGAAGGAGGUUCUCCAACGCCGAACGCUUUACUGGCUCGAGACCUCAUUAAGGCUUGUUAACCGUGAUUUGUAUAUUGCUUGCAUGCACAUUCUACGCUCCACUUAUUUACCAUCAUACGAUGCUCUUAUAAGGCCACCAUACUCUUCAGAUCCCUUCCCCUCUUCUAACUCGGUCCCCCUGUAUGGAACAUCGACAUCCAUGUGGAAUUCUCCCUAUGGCUCAUCCAGACUCUUCCCCCAACAUCGUGAAUUGCAAACGUUGGACCUCUUCAUCGCAGUCUUAGCACAAGAAGAACUGCUCUACGAUACCUCAUCUUUGCAUUUAUCGAGACAUGAAGCUUAUAAGGACAUCUUUGACCUUAGGCAGCCUCAGAGCAGGUUAGAGGAUCUUGUUGCUAAAGAGGGUGUCAAGGCUGGUUUGGUUACUUUGGGAGAUAGAGAUUCCGUGCCUGGCACCCCCACUACUCCUCAAACCCCAUCAGAGGCAAAAGGGAAGGAGAACAGCCCAUACUUUAUGGAUAUCGAUAACAAUAGCAGUCUGUUGGCAUUACCGCGCGCGUCAACAUCUUCUCUUUCUAAGCCUCUCAAAAAAGCGAAAUCCACCUUCUCCAUGUUUUCUGCGUUUUCAUCUAAAGGGAAAGGAAAGGGAAAGGCAACGAUUGCGGUACAGCGUCUAUCGCAGCCAGCUGAAAGGAAAGUUUCACUAUCACCCUUACCUUUCCGAUCCCUUUCCAUCAGUUUCUCCACACGCAAAAUCAGUCUGAUGUAUGCACCAUCAUACUGUGCCAGCUCUAAGAGCUCCCUGACGGUCACUGGGACCUCUUCAUCAUCUGCUUAUGGAGGGAGUACAUACGGCGCUUUGGGCGUCUCAUAUAAUUCUCGUGGCAGGAAGAGAACUAUUGUCGAGGUGCAGCGGGACAGGGACGAGGCGCUUGAGGUGUCUGUGAGGAGGGUAGUUAGAGGAUUGAGAGAGUGGAUGGAAGAGGAAGCCCGAUAAAUUAUAACAAUAUUUGAACUGUUAAACUCAAACUGUAAAUUUAUCCCUAAUAGUAUGUAGCAACUGGACUUAAUAUGCAACAUUCAAAGGAUACAUACGUACUAUGAUACGCUCCUUGUCUUCGAUAGACUGCACGGUCUUCUGCAGUAAAAAUUUUUACAGAAGAGAAACGCUGGCAAGUAGGUACGGUGUACUACUAGUAGGGUGUAGGCUUGAGUAGAUCGUAUGGGGUCGACUUUCCACACCUAUCCACCGAACCUCUUACUCCUGUCAGUGUGUUUUAGUGGGAACGGGUUUGGAUAAAAGGCGCAUUUGGCGCUCGUGACCGCGUUGGUAAUGAU